CACCAGCCCCCUCGCCUGGCUCCGCACUCGCUUCUAUUACCUCCUCAUCCGCCUCUACUUCGACCAGGAGUUCAGCAUCGAGGAGUUCACCCGAGGGGCCAAGCAGGCCUUUUCUGUAGUUUCAAAGCUGCUGUCUCAGCGUAAACUGGACAUGCUGAAUGAACUUGUAUCAGCAGAGGUACUUCAGGUGGUGAAGGAAAAGAUUUCUUUGCUUCCUGACAACCACAGGGAUGCUUUAGCAGCUGAUGUUGAUGCAAUCAUGUACACAACAGAGGGAGAUGUUCGCAUUUACUAUGAUGAUGAUGGAAGAAAGUUUGUUAGUAUCCUCAUGCGUUUCUGGUAUCUGAAUGGUGCUAACCUACCUGAUGAAGUACCAGGUGAAACCAAAGUUUUCCAGAUUGUGUUUGGAGAUGAACACACAAAAGAAAAGAGACAUCUUUUAACAGCAAACUAUGAGUUCCAGAGGGAAUUUACAGAAGGAGCAAAACCAGACUGGACAAUUACACGGAUUGAACAUCCAAGGCUGUUAGAAUAAAUGCCUUCUACACUCUUUUUAUGUACCAUUGUAAAUGUUUAGUCUCUCUUUUUCCUUCCUGUCUUCUCCUCCAAAAGAGGGAUGAAUUUUGUAUGUUUGAUUUUCCAAAAUUGUUUCUGAAACCUACAUGAUGCUGGAGAAUUACAAUAAAGCCUUUUCCCUGGAACAUGCUAGUACAAGUUCAAUUGGUGCUAACACACAUCCAAGGCAUUUACACACAGUGUACGUUUCACACAGGCCGGUAUUACGGGUAUGUUAACUUCUUACAUUCUGAGAAGAAAUGGUACUACUUGAAGAUACACAACACUUUCGUGCUUGCUGGUCCUUCU